CGCGGGGAAGGGGGGUCCCCGACCGGAGCUCAGCGCACACCAGUGGCGCACGGCAGGCGGCGCGGCGCCGAGGACACCCGGGCCCGCGCGAAGAGCCAGGGCGGGCCCGGGGGCGGCGCAGACCCCGGGCGCGGGCGGCCCGCGGCGCCCCCUGGCUCUCGGCGCUCGGGGCCAGCGCGGCCCGGGGCUAGCGGGGCGCGGGCCGGGGAGGGGGAGCUGCCCGCGCGCUCCAUCCCCCUCCCCCCCGGGCGGGCCGGCGGCCGGGGGGAGGGCGGGCGGCGGCGGCUCGCUGUAUAUAUCUCGGCGCACCCCGCCAGGUCGCGCACAGCGCCCCGAGCCCAGGCGCCUCCCCGCCCCCCUCCCGCGCUCCGCGGCGGCAGCGGCGGCAGCAGUAGCAGCAAUAUGGCUGUUGAUGGGUGUUCGGGGUGGCGCUGGCGGCGGGAGGAGCUCCCCCGAGCCCCUGCGCCGGCUGCCCGUUGCUAGCUAUGGCAAAUGGUGGCGGCGGCGGCGGCGGCAGCAGCGGCGGCGGCGGCGGCGGCGGAGGCAGCAGUCUUAGAAUGAGUAGCAAUAUCCACGCGAACCAUCUCAGCCUAGACGCGUCCUCCUCCUCCUCCUCUUCCUCUUCUUCUUCCUCCUCCUCUUCCUCCUCGUCCUCGGUCCACGAGCCCAAGAUGGAUGCGCUCAUCAUCCCGGUGACCAUGGAGGUGCCGUGCGACAGCCGGGGCCAACGCAUGUGGUGGGCUUUCCUGGCCUCCUCCAUGGUGACUUUCUUCGGGGGCCUUUUCAUCAUCUUGCUCUGGCGGACGCUCAAGUACCUGUGGACCGUGUGCUGCCACUGCGGGGGCAAGACGAAGGAGGCCCAGAAGAUUAACAAUGGCUCAAGCCAGGCGGAUGGCACUCUCAAACCAGUGGAUGAAAAAGAGGAGGCAGUGGCCGCCGAGGUCGGCUGGAUGACCUCUGUGAAGGACUGGGCGGGGGUGAUGAUAUCCGCCCAGACACUGACUGGCAGAGUCCUGGUUGUCUUAGUCUUUGCUCUCAGCAUCGGUGCACUUGUAAUAUACUUCAUAGAUUCGUCAAACCCAAUAGAAUCCUGCCAGAAUUUCUACAAAGAUUUCACAUUACAGAUCGACAUGGCUUUCAACGUGUUCUUCCUUCUCUACUUUGGUUUGCGGUUUAUUGCAGCCAACGAUAAGCUGUGGUUCUGGCUGGAAGUGAAUUCUGUAGUGGAUUUCUUCACAGUGCCCCCCGUGUUUGUGUCUGUGUACUUAAACAGAAGUUGGCUUGGUUUGAGAUUUUUAAGAGCUCUGAGACUGAUACAGUUUUCAGAAAUUUUGCAGUUUCUGAAUAUUCUUAAAACAAGUAAUUCCAUCAAGCUGGUGAAUCUGCUCUCCAUAUUUAUCAGCACAUGGCUGACUGCAGCCGGAUUCAUCCAUUUGGUGGAGAAUUCAGGGGACCCAUGGGAAAAUUUCCAAAACAACCAGGCUCUCACCUACUGGGAAUGUGUCUAUUUACUCAUGGUUACAAUGUCCACCGUUGGCUAUGGGGAUGUUUAUGCAAAAACCACGCUUGGCCGCCUCUUCAUGGUCUUCUUCAUCCUCGGCGGACUGGCAAUGUUUGCUCGCUACGUGCCCGAAAUUGCUGCUCUCAUCCUGAAUCGGAAUAAAUUCGGCGGGACUUUUAACAAACAUGGAGGCAGAAAGCACAUUGUGGUCUGCGGACACAUCACUCUGGAGAGUGUUUCCAACUUCCUGAAGGACUUUCUGCACAAGGACCGGGAUGACGUCAAUGUGGAGAUUGUUUUUCUUCACAACAUCUCCCCCAACCUGGAGCUUGAAGCUCUGUUCAAACGACAUUUUACUCAGGUGGAAUUUUAUCAGGGUUCGGUCCUCAAUCCACAUGACCUUGCAAGAGUCAAGAUAGAGUCAGCAGAUGCGUGCCUGAUCCUUGCCAACAAGUACUGCGCUGACCCGGAUGCGGAGGAUGCCUCGAACAUCAUGAGAGUAAUCUCCAUAAAGAACUACCAUCCGAAGAUAAGAAUCAUCACUCAAAUGCUGCAGUAUCACAACAAGGCCCAUCUGCUAAACAUCCCAAGCUGGAAUUGGAAGGAGGGUGAUGAUGCAAUCUGCCUCGCAGAGCUGAAGUUGGGCUUCAUAGCCCAGAGCUGCCUGGCUCAAGGCCUCUCCACCAUGCUUGCCAACCUCUUCUCCAUGAGGUCAUUCAUAAAGAUUGAGGAAGACACGUGGCAGAAAUACUACUUGGAAGGAGUCUCAAAUGAAAUGUACACAGAAUAUCUCUCCAGUGCCUUCGUGGGUCUGUCCUUCCCUACUGUUUGUGAGCUGUGUUUUGUGAAGCUCAAGCUCCUAAUGAUAGCCAUUGAAUACAAGUCUGCCAACCGAGAGAGCCGAAGCCGAAAGCGUAUAUUAAUUAAUCCUGGAAAUCAUCUUAAGAUCCAAGAAGGUACUUUAGGAUUUUUCAUCGCAAGUGAUGCCAAAGAAGUUAAAAGGGCAUUUUUUUACUGCAAGGCCUGUCAUGAUGACAUCACAGAUCCCAAAAGAAUAAAAAAAUGUGGCUGCAAACGGCUGAUAUAUUCCAAGAUGUCCAUCUACAAGAGAAUGAGACGGGCAUGUUGUUUUGAUUGCGGACGUUCUGAGCGUGACUGCUCGUGCAUGUCAGGCCGUGUGCGUGGUAACGUGGACACCCUUGAGAGAGCCUUCCCACUUUCUUCUGUCUCUGUUAAUGAUUGCUCCACCAGUUUCCGUGCCUUUGAAGAUGAGCAGCCGUCAACACUAUCACCAAAAAAAAAGCAACGGAACGGAGGCAUGCGGAACUCACCCAACACCUCGCCUAAGCUGAUGAGGCAUGACCCCUUGUUAAUUCCUGGCAAUGAUCAGAUUGACAACAUGGACUCCAAUGUGAAGAAGUACGACUCUACUGGGAUGUUUCAUUGGUGUGCGCCCAAGGAUAUAGAGAAAGUCAUCCUGACUCGAAGUGAGGCCGCCAUGACUGUCCUGAGUGGCCAUGUCGUGGUCUGUAUCUUUGGUGAUGUCAGCUCAGCCCUGAUCGGCCUCCGGAACCUGGUGAUGCCACUCCGUGCCAGCAACUUUCAUUACCACGAGCUCAAGCACAUUGUGUUUGUGGGCUCUAUUGAGUACCUCAAGCGGGAAUGGGAGACGCUUCAUAACUUCCCCAAAGUGUCCAUAUUGCCUGGUACGCCAUUAAGUCGGGCUGAUUUAAGGGCUGUCAACAUCAACCUCUGUGACAUGUGCGUUAUCCUGUCAGCCAAUCAGAAUAAUAUUGAUGAUACUUCGCUGCAGGACAAGGAAUGCAUCUUGGCGUCACUCAACAUCAAAUCUAUGCAGUUUGAUGACAGCAUCGGGGUCUUGCAGGCUAAUUCCCAAGGGUUCACACCUCCAGGAAUGGAUAGAUCCUCUCCAGAUAACAGCCCAGUGCACGGGAUGUUACGUCAACCGUCCAUCACAACUGGGGUCAACAUCCCCAUCAUCACUGAACUAGCUAAACCGGGCAAGUUGCCUUUGGUUUCAGUCAAUCAGGAAAAAAACAGUGGGACGCACAUUCUAAUGAUAACUGAACUGGUGAACGAUACUAAUGUUCAGUUUUUGGACCAAGAUGACGAUGAUGACCCCGAUACAGAACUGUACCUCACACAGCCCUUUGCCUGUGGGACAGCAUUUGCCGUCAGUGUCCUGGACUCGCUCAUGAGCGCGACAUACUUCAAUGACAAUAUCCUCACCCUGAUACGGACCCUGGUGACCGGAGGAGCCACGCCGGAGCUAGAGGCUCUGAUUGCUGAGGAGAAUGCCCUUCGAGGUGGCUACAGCACCCCGCAGACACUGGCCAAUAGGGACCGCUGCCGUGUGGCCCAGUUAGCUCUGCUCGAUGGGCCAUUUGCGGAUUUAGGGGAUGGUGGUUGUUAUGGUGAUCUGUUCUGCAAAGCUCUGAAAACAUAUAAUAUGCUUUGUUUUGGAAUUUACCGGCUGAGAGAUGCCCACCUCAGCACCCCCAGUCAGUGCACAAAGAGGUAUGUCAUCACCAACCCCCCCUACGAGUUUGAGCUCGUGCCGACGGACCUGAUCUUCUGCUUAAUGCAGUUUGACCACAACGCUGGCCAGUCCCGGGCCAGCCUGUCCCAUUCCUCCCACUCCUCGCAGUCCUCCAGCAAGAAGAGCUCCUCUGUUCACUCCAUCCCGUCCACAGCAAACCGACAGAACCGGCCCAAGUCCAGGGAGUCCCGGGACAAACAGAAUGCAACAAGGAUGAAUAGAAUGGGCCAAGCAGAAAAGAAAUGGUUUACAGAUGAACCGGAUAAUGCCUAUCCCAGAAACAUUCAAAUCAAGCCCAUGAGUACCCACAUGGCUAACCAGAUCAACCAAUAUAAAUCCACAAGCAGCUUGAUUCCACCAAUCAGAGAAGUUGAAGAUGAAUGUUGACUCCCAGGAGACCAGAACUAUUUUUUUAAAGCCUGACCAACUUCAUAAAUGGUGACGUGACUUUUCUUCUUACAUGCUGAAUCACUGGUGGAAACGUUAAGAUAAGCAAAAAUUGCCAGAAAAAAAAGUAGACAGAUCUUUCUCUUUGUCUGCCUUGAAUAUUGCUUCCAUGUAUUUUGGAAAAGAAAAUGAUUUCAUUUAUAAAUGAACAUACUAAAAUAGUCAUGUAUAGCCUCUAGCAUUUUAAAUUAUUUUUAUUUAUUAGAAAGAAAAUAUAUUUUUCCUUUCUUUUCAUUGUCAAAUAUCUUCCCUAUAUCUAAAUAAUGCAAAAUCUAAAUGAGUAAGUGGCCAGACUCCUUAAUGCGUUUUUCUCUUCUUUCUCUCUUUUUCUUUGAGGAGAAUGAUGGUCACCACCACAAUUAAUUGUAAUUACAGGAAAUGAAUUAUUAAAACAAUUUUAAAAUGGCCAAUGAUGUAUACAUGUAUUUUAGUAAAUCCAAAAAGGAAGACUAAGGGAUCAGGUGAAUACCUGCUCCUUGCCUGGAUGGGUGUGUAUUUUGAUCUGCAUUUACACCAGCUCUGAAUAAAUGGAAACUUACUUAUUUUCACAGUUGAAAGUCAUAUUUUUGUGGUUUCAGUUUUCAUUCUGUAGUUCUCACCCCUUUGUUCAUAGUUUUAAAGGGAAGUCCUUCUUGCUGCUUUUCUACAAUUGGCAGGCUUGUCUGGCAAGCUAAGGACACCAGGAGGGUUGUGGGCACACCUGGGAUGUGGAAGCUGAGGGCCAGAUGCACACAGGCAUUGCUCUGUUUCCUGUUCUAGUGGUGGGGACUCUACAUGCUGUUAUGCUUCUCAUUUCGUAUUUCCAAGCCACCUGAGCAAGUAAUGUCAACUUCAGGAGGGUCUGGUGGACUUUCUCCCCACUCCCCAAGUCUCAGAGCUUUUAGCCUGGAAGUUUAUAAAACUGAUCCAUAGUUUUACUUUACCAUAGGAUAUGAGAGGGCAUUCAUUCUUCUCACUGAGUUUUUGUUUAAAAGCCAGGACAUUUCUAUACCCAUGGAGACAGAUUUUACUUUGCAUGUGCUCCUUUAUUUAGUUGCUGGGGCCAAACACAUGAACUGAUUACAACAAUUUAAAAAACAAUAACAAAAGGAAAGCAAUGAAUGCACUUCAUAUAGACUGUUAGAAAAGGCCUUUGAAAAUUACCAGCAGUGAAAUCAAAUAUAUCAGCCACUUCAAACUGGGGUCAAAAGAUUUUUCUAGCCAUCCGAUGCAAUUACUAUGUCUCAGAGCUCUGCUGUCACUUGCGUGCUCGGUGUACAGUCUCCCGGCAACCGUUUUGCUCCAAUCAACUUAGCAAGUCUUUCAACUUUAAAAUUCUCAGUCUUUGAUAUGAUCAUCAAGGUCUCUGGAGAAGCAUGAAUGUGAUAGUGAUUUCUAUUUUCUUCAAAAAUGUAAACUGUGGACGCUUAAAGGAUCCAAGCUAACUGAAGUAUCCCCCCAAAGUUUCAUGAUAUCUAGUCCAUUAACUCUUUGGGCCAUGACCUGUGGUACCUAGUUAAGGUAGUGCAAAUCAGAUCAGAGCAAAGCAAUGAGAUCACCAUGAAGACAUACGUCCACUAAGUACUCCAAUUACCAACGUAGGCAAAAUGAGCUUCCACCUCUGUCCACUCCCUGCAGAGCCAAUAUAGUCGUGCUUCCACCUCGUAGGCAUUGUCCUGCAGUGACUUGUCGGACUGUGGUUACUCUGUCGUCACAUUUUGUAGAAUUAGUUCUAUAAAAGUAUUGUGAAUAUAAUGUAUGUCCAAUUGGAUUGUUUAAAAACUACUUGUAAUUAAUCACUAGCCUACUCAGCAGACUAAAAUGACGUCAACAGUCUAUAUUCAGGCUUAUAAACAUUUCUUGGUUUCCAACAGAAGUCAAAUGCGUUUGUGGGGAGAACCUCUUGCUAGGAUUUUGACAACUUUCCUGAAAGCUAGGCCUUCUUUCACAUAAUGAUUUUGCAUUGGGGUCACCUUAGUAUAUUCAUGUCAAUCCACGCUCUUCUUUCCUUCAUGAACCAUAAUGGGCUCUUCACUCCUGUUCCUAAUAACCACCUUCGAAUUUGUUUGAGCAAUUUGGUCUCCUCUGGCAGGCUGUGGUGGCCACAUAAGGGAUCUUCCAUUAGAGGGACACAAGACACAAAGCCCCAUUCCCAGUAUCCUCUCUUCCCUGUGUCUCCCCUACCAAAGCAACCUGGAAGCAGAAAUGUAAACUCCAACCCCAUCACACAUCCAUUGAUGCAUUUGUGGCUAGAGAUUUGAAUUUAAACUUUUUUUAAAAAAUCAUAAUAGGUAGGAUCGUUUCCUACAGUAAAGGGCUCCUUGAUUCAUAAGCACCCCCGCAAAAAAAUUGGUAGAAAUUCAUUUUCUUUUAAGUAGAGCAAUAAGUUCAUACUGUGUUGCCUUUGUAAUAAUAAAUUGUACUGGACUAGAAAGCAAAAUGAGGCAUUUUGUUAAGGUGGUAGGAAAAUGACUGGUUGGUGGGUCCUUUGGCAAAAGCUGAUGCCUGGUAAGUAGAAACCGAAAUGGAGACAUAAAUAAAAUUUGUGAAAUCACUGGAGGGCUCAAGCACAUGCCGGAGCUUCUUCCUGACUUGUUCCUACUCGUUGAGCACUUUGGCCCUGAGUCCCCUCCAUCUCCACUGCAACAGUCUGUCUUUCAGCCUCCAUCUACCUGAGACCAAGGAGGGUCUUCCUUGGCACUGUCCAUAUUAUGAGGCUCUGAUUUCCCAUCCCAGUUUAGGGCUCCAGAAAAGCCAUUUUCCCAAACUAAUGAUUCUUGGGUGCUGUGGGAAUCAAAGACUCACCAACAGCGUGUUUAAAAAGCAGAAAAUGUCAUCACCAUCAUCACCUUUCUCCUUGAGAAAACUUAUAUUUUUGUCUAAGCAAAUUUGUAUUUUAGAAUAUCAUCUUGAACCAUUAAAAAAAACACCUUAAAUAAAAGUGACCGUGACUAAGGCACAUUCCAAAACUCUUUCCUCCCAAGCGUUCUGGCACCUUAUUAUGUACUUUGUAAAAAAAUUAAUUGACAGCUUUAAAUAGGAAAUUAGAAGCGUUUGUUAGGGUUGGAUAAAGGAAAAGUGAGAAAGCUUAAGAAAUUUGGGGUAUUUUCAUGUUGAAAGGAGAAAAGGCACAAGUUCCCUAGUUACCGUUUAAUAUGAGAGUUCAAGAGCCACAUUUACAAACAACUAUGAACUUUGAAAAUGUUUUUAAAACCUUCUGAGUCGUGGUGAUUUUAUUUGUAAAUGACUCAUUCAGAUGACUCUAAAGUCCCUUUCAGGUCCCAGGGGACACGAUCUAAGUUAGGAGUGGGAACAUGGGAGUGGCUGCCUCUCCUUGGUGAAGGCCUUGGAGACUAUUGUGUCCAGGGCUGGAAUAAUGGUCCUUUUUGCUGCAUCACCCAGGCAAAACUCCUGGCCUUAUUCAGGAGUAGUGAACAUUUAUUUUCUGCUCUGGACAUAGAAUAGUUAGGUUCAUUCCUGUGCUUUUCAUGUUAGAGUCCCUUUAGGUUCAAGAUGCAAAUUUCUCAAUUCAGACACACUUGAAUCACAUUGGUCAAAUUUCACUAUCUGUUUCUAGGAUUUUCUUCUCAAUUUCAACACAGCCUUCACUUUUUUUUUUUUUUUUGGUCCAAGGCCCAGCCUCAGUUAAUUCCUUCAUCUCUAUUCCAUGUCUCCAAUUCCUAGUGUGUAAUUAGGGGUUCAAGAGACCCCAAAUUCCUGCCAUUUUCCCCAUGUGCAUCUGGCCUUCAGGAAGUAACCAGUCUUGCUUCCCAUGUUAUUUCCUGUUCUCUGUUUAUUUGGUUGUUUUCUUUCGUUAAUAAAUUAACCAUCUCUUAACUACUUACAUACAUAAAUGUAAUUUUAAUCCAUUGAAUUUUAUUGUUAAGGAGAACCUCACUGAAGGAAGGAAGGGCAAAAUUGAAGAAUAAAUGUCAGAAGGGUGAGAAACAAAGACUAUCCAACCAACUGACUGAGAUGUGAUCACCUUGACUCCUAGGAGACUAAGUAGAUGCAUUCAGCUUAACCACUGAGUUACAGGGCAGAAUCUGUCCAUUUUUUGUUUUCUUCUUACUUGCUGCUUUUGGAACGGUGGUAAAGCCACCAGUCAACGUGACACUUGAAAGGGCCUUCACUAAGUAGGACUUGAUUCAUCCUCUUUAAAAAGCAAAAAAAACAGAAUUUACUUAAAACCUUCUUGAAAAUUACCUUUCUGCUACUCUCCUUAUUCCCAAAAGGCUUUUUUUUUUUUUUUUUUUUUUUUUUUUUUGGUAUUCAGUGCGGAUGAUUUAGCAUGUAAAUCCCAUAAUCAAUUGAGGAGGUGAUGAGGCUAUUUGGAUUUAUUUAUGUGAUAGUAGUAAUUAGGAAUGAUUUCUAGCAGUUUGUACUAGUUUGAUCAUAUUGGUUGUUUAAGUGGAGUCUCUUCUGAUUGGUUGUUGCCCAUAAAAUAUCUAUUGUGAAUAAUUUCAAGAUUUCCAUUAAAAUAAGGCAACUUGGAAAAUAUUUUAAAUUUUAUUUCUUAAGGGACCACAGAGCCUAAUUUUCCAUUUUUAUGUUAAGGUUCCUUAAAACACAAAUAAAAAGAAGCCUAUGUGCCCAAAGACAGAGGCACCUGUAGCCCUACAACAUUUGGAAGCUCCUUGAUAUCAUGGCGCCACAUGGAUAGACUGGAGAAAGGAUUCUGACUUAGACCACCUGCAGCAGACUUUCCUCUUUUGCCAUAUUUUUUUAUCUUAAUAAGGACCUGAGACUCCUUAUCUGAAGAUAAGCCAAACUCAUAGUAUACAUUAAGAAUCUGGGAAGAAAGAAAAAAAGAAAAAAGAUAUAAUAAGCAAUAUUUUAAAGUACCAUGAGUUAUGGGCGUGCAUAUGGUACAAAGAGUAGUUCUUUGUGUUGAAAGAAAGAAGAGGUUGCAUUGCAGCCUCAUGGGCUGCAAGAAUGCAGAGGCAUUUAAUGCUGGAUGGGCUUUGGAAGCAUUUCAAUAGUAAAUGGGUGACAGGUCUGGAAAGACGUGGAAUAUGAGGGUUUUCCAGGGAGACAGGACUUAAUAGGCCAUGAUGUAUUUGUGGAAAUGUGAUUUCAAUAGAUUGACUAUUUUGUCUACUGUGAUAAGUUUGCAUAGGGGAACUGUGGAAAACUGAGAUGAGACUUCAUGGAAGGGGCUACAGAGUACAGUCUAAGGGUCAAGAUAAAAGUUUGAAACUUGAUUUAGAAAGUCAUGGAAAGCCAGUAAAGAAUUUUAAGCAGAGAGUGAUGGGGCAGCAAUGGCUGUGCAUUUUUCGGGUUGAAGGUAGUGAGAUGUCAGUUCUUCCUGGAAGAUAUCAUGAGAAUGCACAUCAAACUGAACAUUUUCCUAGCAGCAUGGAGUGCUAAGGGGCGCACCCUCCAGGUCAACAACUCACUGUGUGCAGCACCUCCCUUCCUCACACAUUUUGCUUUGCUUUGUGUCACAAGAUCAUCAAAAACAACAUCCUGAUUCUACUGAAUUACUAGAAUGUCAGCAACAAACUCACAAAGUAGAUUAGAGGGUAGGAAUAGAUGUGUAAGUUUUUAAAACCUGCCAAUCACACUAUUUUCUAGACAGUAAUAUAAUAAGAACCUGUGGCAGGACAUCCACAAAUUAUAGAGAAUGAUUAAUAGUUCAGAACUGCCAAAUAGGAAUUCCCAUUAUGAAAACAUCCUUAUAGCUAAUCAGGUAACCCUUGCUUAGAAAACAGCACUCACUAAAUAUUUGUAAAAGGAGCAGGUGGGGGAGAAAUGAGCACAAUCUAGGUCCUGACAUCAGUCAGUUUAUAAUACAACAACUAAAGAAAGAAAAUAUGCCCAAAGUGCCACUAGAGAAAGGGUAAACACUAACAACAUAGUUUCGCCAUUCAAUAUGAAAGGAGUUGAAACGAGGGAGAAAUACUGUAAUUUCAGGUGAUUCAGCAAGGUAGGAUUUCUAGAGAAAGGGGGUUUUAGGAGUUGGAUAAGUAGAGGGCCAGUAUUCUAAGUAUGAAGGCAGGAUUAUCUGGCAUGCGGCAGGGUGGGUGACGUUAAUCAGUAACUGCUAAUGGGUAUUUACUGAGUAGCCGCUGUAUGCUCAUGACUGUCAGACCAUUAGAGGAAGAUAGCCUGCCUGCCUAAAUGGGAACACAAGCCACACAUAUAUUGGAAGGAUUAUGUUGUACAAAACAGGUGUUCAAUAAAGAAUUUUUGAAUACAUGUGAACACUGAAUAGCAAAUAAAUAUUAUGGAUUGUAAUAGUUGUAGAAGAUUAUUUGGGAUUGUAGGGGCUGGGUGUGGGGCAAUGGCUGUGGUUCUAGAAGAUGUUCUUUGUGCCGUGAACACACACCUAAUCUGUCCUCAAGGACAGAACCAUGUGGAAGAAUAGGAAAACAAGAGAAGCAGGCAGGAAGAGGAGGCAGUGAGUGGAGCAGCUAAGAAAUGUUAUAUUGGUUCAUCCAGAGCAGAAAAAGCUGAGAGCUAUACAUGAGGGAAGGACCCACAGGCAAGAGGAGUGGGACAGGGGACUGAAUGAGUGGGUUACAACAGACCCUGCAGAUGUGGAAGCCAGACCCACAGAGGUACUUGGAAAGGGAGGAUCCUGGAUGAAUUCUCUUAAGGAGAAAGUGUAGGUUCAGGUCAGCUGGCAGAUGUGUUUGUGGGCUACAAUCAUGUUUUUUGGGACUAAAAAGGAGCAAAACAAGUAGACCCUCUUGGGACAGAAGAUAUAGAGUAUGCCAGAACCAGGAAAAUGAGAAACAAGAGGGGAAUUUUAAGAAAGAGAGGGCAAAUCAUCUGUGAGGUUAGAGAUGAAAGAUGUUGGAGAUGGUGAUGCAGAAGUCAAAGGACUCAUUCGAAAGGCAGGAACGCUGCUUCUUUGUCCAUAUUCCCAGAGCUUGCCCUGAGGCCUGGUGCACGUGGACAGUCACUCAGCCACUAAGCGUCACUGUGGCUGCCACAGUGGAUGGAAGCUGGCAUGGUGAUUGGCAGUCUUUCUGGAGGACUCACGAGAGAGGGGUCUUGAGAUGGACAUCUCCUUUCACCUUCCUGUCCAUGUCACUGCACUGUUUUUCUUCCCUUCCUGAACAGCACAUGCACUGCAGCUUUGGUUUCACGGGUGUGAAAACAAAUGUUACAGCCACCUUGCUUUGGUGGCUUUUCUGAAUAGGCAGUGUGAGAAGAGAUGUUUUGGCCAGGUGAAAGUGUACUUUAUACCUAGGUAGGUUUUUCAGUUUAGAAAGGUUUCCUUUGCUUAUCCCUUGAGGACUUCUGUGUUGCUGCUUCUCCUCUGUCUUGCUAUUCAACAGAACAGGGGGGAAAGUGACACCAAUGCUCUCCGCCAUGCCUGCCUUGGGAAGCACUGCCGGGCCCCACUGUUUAGAAUCUUAGCUGGAAAUGUACACAAGGCACUGACACAUGCCUGCCAGAGCGACCCAGCACUCUCCUCCCAUGGGAUUCAGGGUCGACAUGGGAAGCCAGCUAGCAGGGAUGGGAGCCCCACCCACAAUGUGGACCGAGCCUCACUUCCAUACAAAACCAGAGUCCCGUCCAUCCCAGAGUGGCUCACUCUCUUCCCCUUCCUUCCGCUGAAUACAGCCUGACACACUUUUGACCAGAACUGCAACAUUUCAAACAUAAACCCAGAUCUGUUGGGAAAUCCUAAUUAAAAACGUUCCAUUCCCAGGUGGCACAAUCACAUCCUGCCUAAAACUUCUGGCCCACAUCCCACCACCCAGACGUUGAAAAGAAACCUUCCUCUACUUAACACCAAAACCUGCACUUCAACGUUUCUUUAGGGGGACAAAGGAAAAAAAAAGGUACACACAUGCAGAGUUCAGCCUACAUGUUCAUUAAGGAAAAAGAGCGUGGCUUAUUCAUCUUUCAAUCUUUUGAUUGUUGGCAUUAUGAUUAUGAUUAUGAUUAAUUACUCUAACUUGACAGGAAAUGAAGGAGAGAAUAUAUGCUGGUGCUUUGAAAUGAUCUACCCAACUCUGUCAUCUGUAACAACCAGUGAUCACUCUCUUGUCUUGUAAAAAGGGUUUGUACAUAACUUGUACAUGGUUUCAUUUUGUAUUUUUCGCAGAUUAAAAAUUUAUGUAUUUGUGUUCUAAAA